CCAGCGGUCUUCUGGGAAUUUCCAUGCGCACCGAUCCGCCGGGCACGGAUCCCCUUCUGUCUCCCCGCCCCGCCGGAGCUUGUGCUUCCGGACCGGGCGGGGAGAGGCCAAGAGGAGGUUCCGCUUCUCCCAGGGCCGAUGCGGGCGGCGGAGCUUCCGCUGCGUCCGGGGGAAAAAUGAAUUACAUGCCGGGCACGGCCAGCCUCAUCCAAGACAUCGAUAAGAAACACUUGGUCCUCCUUCGAGAUGGCAGAACACUGAUUGGCUAUUUACGCAGCAUUGAUCAGUUUGCAAAUUUAGUUUUACACCAAACAGUGGAACGCAUUCAUGUGGGCAAAAAAUAUGGUGACAUCCCUCGUGGCAUCUUCGUAGUGAGAGGCGAGAAUGUUGUACUCUUGGGAGAAAUUGAUCUAGAGAAGGAAAGUGACACCCCUUUGCAGCAAGUAUCAAUAGAGGAGAUCUUGGAAGUUCAACGUGUAGAGCAGCAAGCUAAGCAAGAAUCGGAGAAGUUAAAAAUGCAAGCACUGAAGGAGCGAGGGCUCUCCAUCCCAAGGGCUGAUACGCUAGAUGAAUAUUAAGUGUUUGCUUGAACGGUCUCCCCAAAAUUGAAGAGAUUGUGUACUGAAGCGCCCAAGUGAUGGACAACUUUUUUUUAAAAGUAUUAUUUUGGGUUUUUCCCCAAACACAGAGAACAGUUUAAUCAUUGUGACAAACACUGUAGUUCCUCCCGUUUCACAAAAUCAUUAUUUCUGAAGACCUCAAAAAUGCUGAUAUUUUCAUAUAAUCCAGCAUGAUUGAGCAGCUGUAAAAGAGAAUGCUGGUUUAGGACAUUUCUUUUAUCUUUUUUUUUUAAAUACAGUAAUGACUUCUGGAAGAAGGGGGGAAGUAACCCUCUAAUCUGUAAAUAAAAGGUGAUUCUGAACACUGCUA